GACCUGAAGACAGGAAAAUAUUGGAAAAUACGUGAAUUGGCGUCAACAGAUAUCCAGCGUGCUGCCGAUUCACUGAAUGUAAAACUUUCGCGCAUAGAUUUUGAUCGACUGGAUUUUGGUGAAACAAAUGCAUUGGAUAUUUUUUAUAGCGCUGAUAUAGCACUUGUUGAUGUUUCCAUAGUGCAGCAACAGCCUAGUCUUUGCUAUCAUAUUGGCGUUCGAGAAUCAAUGGGCCAGAGUGCUUGUUUACUUAUAAGUCACUUUACGGAAGAAAUUUCUGAAACACUUAUGCGAGCUCUCAUUACCACUUUGGCCAGACUACCUCUGAUUUUGUAUAUGAAUGGUCGGCAAGGUCUUAUAUCGUUGGAUAAGGUUCUCAAGCUUCCGUUAGUAUCAUUUAAUAAAUGCUUGAAAAAGGCCUUAAAAAAUGUUCAAGUCGAGUCAUCAGCUCAUUCUCGUGAAAGAUUCUUAAUGGAUUUGCGAAAAGCUCGUGAAUCUGGUUCCCAAGAUAUGUCUGCAAAUAAUAAAUUUUUGGAUAUGAUGCGGCGAAGGUUGGAUAAUCCCGAUAUACUUUCUCCGGAAACUUUACAUCAGCUAAUGCUUAGCUACAGAGACAACCAAAAUUAUGAUGCAAUGAUCAGUUUAAUUGACGAUUUAAGAUGUAUCGAAAAUAUUUCAAUCAUCAACGCUCCUGGAAUACGUUUUCUUUAUGCUUUUGCUCUUAACAGACGCAAUAUGGAUGGUGAUCGAGAGCGGUCACUAAAAGCUGCAAUGGACAUGAUCGCUGAGGCGAAUGCUUCUAAUUCUAGCGUAUGUCCCGAUGUUCUUUGCCUUGUCGGUCGUAUAUACAAAGAUUAUUUCAUACUUAGUAAUUACGAAGACCGUGAAUCGUUAGAAAAAUCGAUCGAGUGGUAUCAGCGUGCUUUCGAACUCUCUCCUUUACAAUAUUCUGGAAUUAAUCUUGCCACUUUAUUACGAGCAAAGGGUGAAAGAUUUGAGAAUAACGCCCAAAUGCAGCAGAUUGCUUGUGUAUUGAAUAGCUUAUUGGGAAGAAGAGGUGCUUUAUCAAGUGUUAAGGAUUAUUGGGACGUUGCAACAUAUUUUGAAGUGUCGGUUUUAGCCGAAGAUUAUUCGAAAGCUUGUCAAGCAGCAUUGAAAAUGUUUCUUCUGAAGCCACCCAUCUGGUAUCUGAAAUCAACCAUGGAAAACAUCAAAAUAAUUAAUCGAUGUGGUGCUACGAUUUCUCCUAUUGAACGUGAAAAACAGCAGUUUUUAUUUUGGUGUGAAUUCUUUAUGGAGGGAACUGAAUCGGAGUCAGAAAUCGUUUGUGCAAGAUUUCCUGUUUUGAUUUUUGAAUUAACGAAAAUUUCUCAGGAAUUCACAAAGCAAUAUACGCCAAGCUUCCUAACUUUAAAUAUUGGAGAAAGAUCAAUAUUUCUUAGUCAUUCAGCAACAAAAACCUCCUCCAGAGAUGACCGUUCGAUUUUUUUAUAUGUUAUCGAAAAUUCAGAUGAUUUUAAUCUGAUAUUUCCCUCUGCAGCCCACUGCAAUAAAGUCAUGACAAUGCUUAUGGAGAUGACUAGUGAAUUAGAUGGGAAUAUCGGUCGGCUUCUUAACAGCUGUGAUACAGAAGAAAGAAUUGAGUUUGAAUAUGAGUUAACGAAUAAUGGCGAGCGUAUUGUGCUAGGUCGCGGUACAUAUGGUGUUGUGUACUCUGGAAGAGAAUUAACCACUCAACGAUCAAUUGUGGUAAAAGAAAUAGAAGUAAAAAAUGAAGAAGAGGUGCAACCGCUUAUGGAAGAAAUUCAACUGCAUUCAACAUUGUUACAUCAAAAUAUCGUACAAUAUCUGGGAUGCAACCUUGUCAAGAAGGAUGAAGGACACGACAUAUUUCAAAUUAUAAUGGAGCAAGUGCCGGGAGGCAGCUUAAGUUCGUUGCUGCGUAGCAAAUGGGGUCCACUUCUCGAUAAUGAACAGACAAUGGCUAUUUAUGGCAAACAAAUUUUGGAUGGUCUUCGUUAUUUGCAUGAUCAAAAAAUCGUGCACAGGGAUAUUAAAGGUGAUAAUGUCUUAGUGAACACGUAUAGUGGUGUUUGUAAAAUAUCUGAUUUUGGCACAUGCAAAAGGCUUGCUGGCUUAAACCCGGUUACUGAAACAUUUACGGGUACAUUGCAAUACAUGGCUCCCGAGGUUAUUGAUCAAGGUCAACGAGGAUAUGGUGCACCUGCUGAUAUAUGGAGUUUUGGUUGCACGAUGGUGGAAAUGGCUACAGGUCGACCACCUUUUGUAGAACUAGGUUCACCUCAAGCAGCCAUGUUUAAAGUUGGCAUGUUUAAAACUCAUCCGCCUAUACCAGAACGUCUUAGUGAAAGAUGUCAGCGAUUUAUUUUACGUUGCUUUGAACCUGAUCCGAACAAAAGAGCUACCGCAGUUCAACUUCUUUCUGAUAUAUUUAUUCAACAAUAUAUUCCUCAUUCGAAGACAACUUUUCUUAUUGCCACUCAUUUAAAUUGUUUUAUAGAAAUGCAAAGAUCUGUAUCUCAUAUGGGUAAUUUUGGUACAGUGGCUAUAGAUCCUGCAAAAGAUAAAGGUAAUACUGGCAAAAAUCUACACUUGUUCAUUGAAAGUGCUACUGCUCCACGCUUAGCUUCUUACGUAAUUGAUCGCAGUUCAGUUAGUCCGAAUUCUGGUUAUCAUGUGAGCCAACCAUCAUCUCCUAUCACUGAUGAUGACACAGGUCCAGAAUUAUUAUCAAGCUCAUUAGAGCCAUUUUCUUAUUUAAAUGGUGCAGCAGUUUCCACAAAUCUUAAUAUACUUAAUCGAACUUCUUCUGAUGAAAGUGGAAUGUCUUCUCGUUUUUUUAUGUUAAAAAAAGAUUCUGAGCGUCGCAACACUUUGGCUAGAUUUAUGCUGGAAUAUAAAAAUAAUAUCAUUGAGAACUGGUAUGAACAUUUAAACAAAAGUCACAGUACAAUGGAACUUUCAGUUACAAAGGAUAUGUUAGCUAUGUUAUUGCUUGCUAUGCGAGAUUAUCUACAGGUGAAAGAUACAUCUUCGAUACAAGAUGCCAUUGAUUCAAUAAAGGCACAGCUGGAUUACGAGCCUUCAGCGAUUUCACAAGUGAAUCUUGCAUUAUAUAUUUUUUCGGAUGCUGUGCAACCAGUAUUACGCCAGCAAAGUAUUAAACCACAUUGGAUCUUUGCUUUAGAUAAUCUUAUUAGGAAUGCUGUGCAAGCUGCUGUUGGAAUAUUAUCUCCUGGUAAGCUUAUUUGUAAGCUUAUUUUAGCUAGAUUGAUAUUUUUCAGGUUGUUCGAGGAAUUGGUUUGCGUGGAACGUGAAUAUAAAGAACUCUUGCAAACCACCUUAAAAGAGAAAAAGAUACGAGUUGAAAGGCUAACUGAUUUCCUGUCUGAUACAGGAGGGAGUGUGAGAGGAGCGAACACUCCACCAUCACUUCUGCCUUCUUUUGGAUUUGGAUUAAAUUCUCCUGAUAGCUCUGGACCAUCUUAUAUUCCCUUAUCUUUGAGUGGGAAUCCUGCUGAUAUUCAGUUUUCAUCAUAUUUAAAUCGUAAUGUGCGCAACGACGAACUAGCUGAAUGGCUCAGAUCGAUUGGUAUUAGUGAUUCAGUUAUAGCUCGUAUACAAGAUGAAGAAUAUACAAAGGAUGAUUUAAUAGACCUGGUGACUCGAGAAGAAUUAAUUGCUCUUGGAGUAGUUUGUCGAAUAUGGCGGCAAAUAAUGCAUCAUAGAGAACGCCACAAUUUUGCUGGAUUUCUGAGUCCAGUGAUACGCUCUCGGCAAAAUUCUUCUGGCGAUGAUUUUCAUUCUACCUUAAAUGAUGAAAUAUAUGAUGUUACUGAUGUGGAGGAUGGAGGAACAACAUGA